ACCAAUCUUCACAAAGACACAAGUUGCAUUUCCGAAGAGACAAAUCGGAGGAAUGUGUAUCUCUCAUCAAACUGGUGCAGCAUGAAUCGGGGAAUGCUAUUCUGUAGGAUCCGGAUCCGGACAUGAUGCGCGAUGCGAUAUUGGCCUUGAAGCGUGAAACCAUAAAUUGCAGAACAGCCCCAACAACCUCGAUGGUCACAGCUACCAAUCGAUAACUCUCUCCGGUCGACCAGACAUCUCCUCAGUGAUGGCCUCUCCGCUGCCGGGCGUCGAAGUGCGACGACCGAAGACCGUGAGAUCACAAUAUCCCCCCUACAGCACCGAGAAACAUGUCGAGUACAUCUUGGUCGCUUCCUUCGACAUCGAUCGUGGAAGUAUUAUGGAGCAUCAAUAUCCCAGCCCUGUCGGAGGCGACGAGCACAUGCUUGCAGAAUUAAUGCUGCCUGAUCAAGCACACGUGCGUAGCCAGGACUGGACCAUCUUCUUUCUACACAAGGAUGCGGGCCAGGAAGAGGAUCACACAAUGCGCCAGAGGCGGAGGCGGAGAUGGAGGGCGGCUGCGAAUGCCGGCAUCGCAUACGAGGCUGGCGAUGACGGUUUUGAUGAUGACGGUUGGGACGACGGCGAUCCAUAUGACGAUAGCAGUGAGGAUGAGCUGGACAUCAAUCCUGACGGUCCCCCGCUUGUCUAUGUGUUGAACCUCGUGAACACGAAGCAGGACAAUACGGUGAAGCGUGGAGCCGUUGUGAAAGCCAUGGCAAUCUGUACGCGGCAUUCGUUCCUACACAUCUACAAACCGCUCCUCCUAUUGGCGCUUGAACAGUACUUCGCCAGCCCGACGGUCGAGACUUUGGCCAGUCUGUACAACGCCGUCAACAGCAUGGACCUCUCGCUCAUGCCCAAGCUCAAUUAUCUGGAGAAGUUCAUUCUACAGGCGAGCGACGCAAAAGAUCUCUUUUUGGAAAAGUUCGAGGCUUUGAUAGCACAGCGUGUGCAGACCGACAAGGACAGCGCAGCUCUUGCAAUCGAGCCACCGACGCAUCUCUCGAAAACACAUUUUGGUCUACCGCGCGAUACGCAUGAAUUUGAAAGCACCGUCAACUACGCAAACGUGCCGGUACCAGUCAAAAUCCCCACCGCUGUCGUUGCGGAGACUGUGGGCGAUUUCAGCCUGAUCAAACUGAUCACUACGUUCAGCUCUCCACAAGGCACCGCACCCGUGCCCUUCAACCCGACUCAUCCUCAUCUUACUACAUCUGGGCCAAACACGAACCCCAUCAUCGUCCUCCUGAACGCGUUGCUGACCCAAAAGCGGGUCAUAUUCCUCGGCCACAACCUUCCCAGCUCCGAAGUGGCAGAGGCAGUGCUGGCUGCCUGCGCGCUGGCUUCUGGUGGUCUGUUACGAGGUUUCACACGUCAUGCUUUCCCCUACACCGAUCUGACGAAGAUCGAUGAUCUUUUGAAGGUUCCGGGUUUCAUCGCCGGCGUGACGAAUCCAGCAUUCGCGCAUAAAGCGGAAUGGUGGGAUGUCCUCUGCGAUCUCGGUACCGGCAAGAUGCGCAUCUCGAAUCGCAUCGAGCAGGCAGCGCUGACAGACGGCGUGAUCUAUUUCGCUACGAACAACGGUGGUGGAAGUCAACCCGCCGGCGUCAGCGCACUCAUCACCGCCGGCGCCACGUUGUCCGCAGGCUUGGGUGGCAGCACUGCGCCUACAGGCAACGCGAGCGGCGAUGCAACAGGUGAUGGGGUAUUCAUGCAAAGUGUGCACGCGGCCAUCAACGAACGCCACGGCGAGAACGCCAUCCGGACCAAGUUCCGCAAAUGGGUCGUUCGAUUCACUCGAUUGGCUGCGAGCUUCGAAGAGACCGUGUACGGAGCAAGCAACUUGCACACCCAUACCCCCGACAGUCCCACCAUGACGUAUACGGACUCGCCGGCCUUCAGCAGCCCACAUGAACGAAAGAUGGAUGAGCUCCCCGCGGACGUUACAGGACACGGAUACGUCUGGCCCACGCCGCAGAGUAAAAAUCUCGAGCUGGCCGCUAAUUCGACUCGCAUCGAGGGUUGGCGCAACACUCGAAGCUACUACAAUUUCAUCCAAGACCUCACCGCCGUGUAUAUACACCGGCCGAUCAAGAGAGUAGACAUACAACACCUCUACGACAAACUGGCCAAAUUGCGCCUGACCAACGAGCAAAGCGCCAACAUCUAUCUCGCGCUUUGUGGUGCCGUUCACACCGAACAGGAGAUCAGUCAGUUGCUCACCACGAUGGCCAACGGCAUCUGGGAGAACAAACCGAGCGCCUCAGCUACAGCCGGCCAGCCGGGUCUUUUGUACAUCGGCAUGGGCUUAUUCCAUCCGCGCCAGGACGUCAGGGAAGAAGUCGCGGCACUGCUAGGAAGGGUCGAGAAUCACGAGGCUGGUCGACACUACUGGCAAUCGUUGGGUCGAUUUGCCAAGAUCGCGUGUGAACGGAUCGUGAUCGCGAGGGAUGAGAGGUUGAGAGGCGAAGAGCAUUGAAGGGCUGAUAUUGCAUUUAGCGAAAACUUGGAUAGCUGCACUUCAUUUCCAAACUGGUGUUGCGUUUCUCCAAUUGCUCCGCCCAAAAUCCCUCGAAUGGUCCACCAGUAGCUUCGCUAUAUAUAUCCG